AUGUCCCUUACCCUACCACAAAAUAUACCCCUUAUCCCACCACCAAAUAUGCCCCUCACUCCAAACCUCAUCUCUAAAUCUACCCCCUACCUCAAUCCCCACCUCCAAAUAUACCCCUUACCCCACCACCAUAUAUACACUUUGCUCCACCAACAAAUAUACCUCUUACUCCAAUUCCCACCACCAAAUAUACUCCUUACCCCAUUACCAAAUAUACCCCUUGUCCCAGAUGUUUUUCUUUUCUUUCAUUCCUUUUCAUUCGUUUUUUUUUUUUUUUUUUGCUUUCUUUUGUGUUUUCGUUCAGUCAUUUAUACUUGCUUUUAUUCAAUUUUAUUCUUUCAUCCAUUCGUUAUUUCAAUCAUAUCUUCAUUCAGUUUUAUUUUCCCUAUGAUGUCUAUUCGUUUUUUCAUUCUUUUAUUCUUUCAUUUUAUUAUAUUCCUUACUUGCUUUUAUUCAAUUUUAUUCUUUCAUCCAUUUUUAUUUCAAUCCUAUCUUCAUUCAGUUUUAUUUUUCUAUUCGUUUUUUCAUUCUUUUUAUUCUUUCAUUUUAUUAUAUUCCUUACUUGCUUUUUAUUCAAUUUUUAUUCUUUCAUCCAUUCGUUAUUUCAAUCCUAUCUUCAUUCAGUUUUAUUUUCCCUAUGAUGUCUAUUCGUUUUUUCAUUCUUUUAUUCUUUCAUUUUAUUAUAUUCCUUACUUGCUUUUAUUCAAUUUUAUUCUUUCAUCCAUUCGUUAUUUCAAUCAUAUCUUCAUUCAGUUUUAUUUUCUCUAUGCUGUCUAUUCGUUUUUUCAUUCUUUUAUUCUUUCAUUUUAUUAUAUUCCUUACUUGCUUUUAUUCAAUUUUAUUCUUUCAUCCAUUCGUUAUUUCAAUCAUAUCUUCAUUCAGUUUUAUUUUCUCUAUGCUGUCUAUUCGUUUUUUCAUUCUUUUAUUCUUUCAUUUUAUUAUAUUCCUUCUUUUAUUCUUUCUUUUUUUUGUGAAUGGCAGCAAGUUACUUAUGUUGCAAAGGUGUCUAUAAAAUACUGGAAUACGCCCCCCUCCUCCCGCUUACCUCGGCUGCUUGAUAUCCAUUUAAUACAAUGUCAUUCCUCUGCUUUCUCCUGUAUGGUGUCCACUCAAUGUAACGCGGACAUUACGCGAUAA